CACCACUUCAGCUGCCGCCAAGCAAAAAUAAACAGUUUAGAAACCUUCGCUCCAAGCUCUAUUGCUAUUAGGAUAGAAAUAGAAAACACUUGGUUUAUUUGUAGACUUAUGUCAUGCCUCAUCUAGCUUGAUUAAUUAAGCUGAUGAUAGUAAAUUGAGCUUCCAUAUUUUGCAACCGAGAUUAUAACACCAUCGAAGCCCUAUGCACUAUCUCUGCUAAGGCCGGGCUUGGUUGUUUGCAUUGCGAAGAAAGGACUACUCCUCCGUACAUAAACCGACAGUCCCCUUCCGUCGUUGCUUGCCUCAUACAUACAUAGUAUUACAUAGCAUAACCAUCAUCACUAGAUAGAUAGAUGAUUAUUCAAUUUCAUCGCCACCAUUUACUCUACUUUAAUUGAACUUCUUAUUAUUAUUGUUCUUGUUGGUUCUUUCAUAAUCAUCUAUUUUAUUUUAUGGCAAAUACGAAUACUAGUAUUAGUAGUUCCUCAUUUCCCUCUUUACCUCCUUCUCCUUUUCAACGCACUUCUUUACCCCACCAGUUGAGCUUAUCACAAGGGUUGUUUGUCAACCAGAUAACUGGUUCUCAGCUGCGGAUAUACACUAAAGUGUCAUGGUUAGACAAAUCACACCAGUUUAAGUUUAUAAACGGAAGGCCACAGUUAAAAGGAAGGUUUCAGAAACAACAAAAUGCUCUUUUUGUUGUCUCUGAAGAUCGGUCACAAAACAAUGAGCUUGAAAUAGCUACUUCAGUGCCAGAAAACAACAAUAAUAUUGCUCAAGACAUCUCUCCUGCUAGCAACCCUUCUUUUUAUUUAUCAGGGAAUGAUGGAAAACCAGGAUUUAUAUCAUUUUAUAACCGCCCAUACAGAAGAGAUAGUGAGAUUCUUUUGUCGAAUCCAGAGAGGAGUCAAAACAGCAUAUUGUGGUUUGUGGGCCCUGCAUUUCUUGUGGCUUCUUUCAUUUUUCCUUCACUCUAUUUGCGUAAAUUGCUUUCCAUCAUUUUUGAGGAUUCUUUGUUAACAGAUUUCCUCAUAUUAUUCUUCACAGAAGCAAUUUUCUAUGGUGGUGUUGCCGUAUUUCUUUCUCUAUUGGACCAUUUACGGAGACCCAUACAAUUGGAUACUGCAACAAAAAAUACUGAAACUCUGCCACCUCAACUGGGACAAAGAAUCUCUUCUGUUGCUACCUUGGUACUUAGUCUUGUAAUUCCCAUGGUCACUAUGGGUUUGGUCUGGCCAUGGACUGGCCCUGCAGCCUCCGCAACUCUUGCUCCCUACUUGGUUGGAAUAAUUGUCCAAUUUGCAUUUGAGCAGUACGCGAGAUAUCGGAAGUCACCUUCAUGGUCUGCAAUUCCAUUAAUCUUUCAAAUAUACAGGCUGCACCAACUAAAUAGAGCAGCACAAUUGGUUACAGCUUUAUCAUUUACAGUUAGAGGAGCUGAAUUGACCCCACACAACAUGGCUAUACACAGCUCUUUGGGUACUCUUCUAAAUGCCCUACAAUUCCUUGGUGUGAUUUGCAUUUGGUCCCUGUCAAGCUUCCUCGUGAGAUUUAUACCUUCUGCUUCCACAUCGAUGCAGUGAAGUAAAGAAUUUAUUGUGAAGUUUGUAACAAUGUCAUCUCACGCAUCGAAGCACCUACUAAUCCUCUGACUUGUUUAGAUUACAAAUGAUGUUUUCAGGAAUUUGUAAUUCAGGAUUUUGCUUACAGAAGUAAAUGGAGGGAAAACAAAUUACUACUAAAAUGGCGUAGAAUCACAACAAUGGCGUUGAAUUGUAACUGUUGUUAAUUUUAUAAUUUUGAAAUUUUAUAAACAUACUCUCAAGUUGGUA